UUACUUCUGUUGCAGUUUGUGAACUAGAAACUUUAAAACGCUACCUGAAAAAUAAAGGAAAUGUGUUGUAAAAGUCUUGUGAAUGUUGAUAAACAUGCCAUAAAGUGAUGUAAAGUGUGAGACAUAGAUUGUAACCAUUUUAAAAUAUAUUUUUGAUUUUCUGUUGAUUCUAUGAUUUUGCCACUAGCCUAGAAGUUAAAAGCAUUGUUAAUAGUUCAAUAGAUUAAAAUUAGUCAAAAGUUGUUUCCAAUUUCAUCGUCAACCAUCAAAAGAGCCUCAUUAAAAUAUUUGUAAACGUAAUUUGACAUAACCUUAAAAUGGAUGAGAAGAGUAUUGAUCCGCUAGAACUAAAAAAGAAAAUUUUAUUCCCACACUUGGAGUUUGUGAAGGAAAUGUUGGUCAAAGUAAAGGGGAACAAUAUUGAAGAAAAAUGGAAAAUUAUGCAUGAAUGCAUAACGUCUGAUAAAAAGAGACCGUCUUAUGAAAAAAUUAAGCAAAUGGAAAAGACUUUAAUUGCAUUGAAGAGUCAAUCGAAGCAGAAAAGUAACUUACCAGAAAAUAAUCCAGCACCUUCAACUAGUAAAGGAACAACUGAAAAUAUUAUACCUAAAGAUUUAAAGACUAUCGAAAACAUUAUGGAACGUGAUCCAAGGAAGCGAAACUCUAUGGACCCAAGUUCUACAACCAUAUAUAAUGUAAAGCCAAGAACUGAAAACGAAAGGGUUUCCCGACCUCAAAUACGUAAUGACAAGCAACCAAUAAAGUUUCAACCAAAAGAUGAAAGUGAAAGAUCACCUGGACGUUGGGAUGAGCGAUCUGGGAGAUUCCCAAACUACAACGAAAAAUUAAAUCGAAAUUUUAAAGAAUCAUUUCGAGGAAGAGGAGGUUUUCAACGUGGUAGACCAUUUUCUAGACAUUCCUUUGAUAAUAAUCAACGUCGUUUAAAUCAACGACAUUCUCCAAUGACUUUUAAUGAUCGACCUCAAUUUCUUAACGAAAGAAAUCAAAGUUUAGGCAAAGAUGAUUCAAAUUUCAAAAGAAAACGUUCUCAAUCUCCAGUUAUUCAUACAUCCCGUCAAUUGCCGAAAAGAAGAUCAAGCUGUUAUCAACCUAAUGAGAAACAAACAAACAACGAAACGCUCAAAGGACAAAGUUCAACUGAUAAUAAACCUUCAACAGAUAACGAAGCAAGUAAUUCUAAAAAUGUUGAGAUUGCUAAAGCAAAUGCUUCGAACACUGCAACUAAAGUUGUUCAGAAAAAUGACGAUAAAACUCCUUCCAACAGUGAGAUUGAUGAUUCACAAUCUAUGCCAGUUAAAAAUAAAGCAGAUAAGAAUGAAGGUGAGUCACUUCCGGUAAAUCUUGCUGAAGCAAUUAAGAAGAUUCAGAGUAUUAAAAUUCCAAAAUUGGGAAUGAACAAGAAUACAAAUAAAACUGAACCAAAAACAUCAAAAGGAGUUAACAACGAUAAGGACUCUAAGAAAACAAAUACUUCCAUUUUGAGUAAGGAACAAGAAAAAAGAUCAAAAGAUGAAGAAAAUAAACAGAAAAUUGGUGAUAAUAGUGCUGAAUCAAUAGAAAAGGAAAUCGAUAAUGAUAAAUUACAGAAAAUUGCUUCUCAAAAUAUAGCCGAGGCAUCAAAAAUUCCAGAAAUUAAUAAAAGUGAAACAACAAAGUGUGAUUUAAAAGUAAAAGACCAGGAAGGUAAUCAAAGUGAUACAGUUGACAAAAUUGAAUCUACUAAUUCAGGCAAUAUUGAGAUUGAGGCAGAAAUAAAAACUAAAGAAACUAUUCAAGAAGUUGAAGAAACAAAGCCCAUGGAUACAACAGUUGAUGAUAUUGAAGUUGAGAAAAAUAAUUCUGAACUAUGCAAAUUAACUUCAUUAAAUUUAGAACCUACUGAAACCAUGAAACACACAGAAGAACUUCAGAGCCAAUUGAUUGAUACCUUUAAUGAGGAGGAACAAGAUAAUAACAAAUGUGAUCAAAUUGUUGGGUCUUCAAGUAAAUUUGAUUCUACAUUGACGAAUGAUAAAGAAAAAGAAACAAAUGAAAUUGCAGAACAAAAUAUCAAACAUGAUCAAAACGAAGCUACAUCAUCAACAGCUUUUGAAAUGGUCCCAAAAGCCAGUGCUCUCACAAAUUUGUUAGAAAAUGAAGAAGAUGAUCCUGAAAAGGUUCUUGAAGGACUAAUAAGUGUUCUUGGGGCUGAAAAAGUGAAGAAAAUGCAAGAACUAUUGCUUAAAAAUACAAUAAAAAGUGAAAAAAUCACGGAACCUAAGUGCGAAGAUGAGACAAGGCAAAAUGAGCAUCAGUCAAACAUUUUCAAAGGAAAUAAAUCAGAUAUUAAGCAUGAUACUCCAUUAAUCAAAGCUGAAAUCGAGCAUAAUAGUGAAACCAAUGAGAAAGUUGCAGAAACUAUCAUAACAGAACCUUUAUCAAGCAUUCCAUUAAAACCUGAAAUCACACCAACCACAAGUCCUGUUAAAAGCAAAGCAACCUCAAGUUCCUCUUCUGAAAAGAAAAGAAAGAAGCCAAGGAAGAAGAAAUUAACAGAAUUAGAUAAGCUACAUGAGAAUAUUUUAAGCAGCAUAGAUUGUGAGGGUAUAAUGAGAGCAUGCGGACAACCAAGGGUAAGCGUAAAACCGAAAACGUAUGAAGGCUCUACCAUUGCAUUGACAAAUAAAUACCCAGAAACAAAACCUUUCAUAAUUAAAUUGAUAAAAUUAAAUCUCACAACUGAUGACAUGCCUGUAACAUUGAAUGACGAGUUCUACCAAAAGUAUUUAACUAUUCAAGAUACAAAAUCAAGAACAAAACCUAAACCACUAAAGAGAAGAACAAUAUCGCAAGAAAAACCCACAGUGAAAGUCCCGAAGAUUGAAUUCCCAGAGUUUAAAGCUGAACCAACGGCUUCAUUAAUUAUUAAUGAGCUUCCAGUUGCAGAAAUUCAAAAGCCGAUUAAUGAAAUCCAAAUUGAAAGUAACAUAAAUACAGAACCUGAAAAUCCAACGAAUGUAAUUUCAAAGAAGAAGAAGCGAAGACUGUUGCCUUGGAGCAAAGGAAUCUUAAAGAAGAAACCAAAGAGAUUUAAGUUUAGUAGCGUCUAUGACUGGGAAGACGUUGAUUCUUCUGAUGAUAAUAACAAUUACGACAAAACUAUGAAAUUGAAGACAUUCAGCAAUUUAUUAAAUCGUUUUGCUAGAAAAUGUGGAUACAAAAAAAUUUCAAUAAGAAGCAGAGUACAUCCUAAAACUGACAAUUCAAUUUCAAACAAUUGCAUUGCUGCAGUACCAGAUAAAUCAGAAAACGACUCGAAAUUUGUUAUUCCAAAAAGAAUCAACUUGCCUUUAGAGAAGAACCUGUUAACAAUGAUUUCCAAAAACACUGGUUCCGAAAUUAAAUCACCAACUUACAUUCCUGAAUCUCCGAAAUCUCCCAAAAUUACAAUUAAGCUUCCUACUGUCGAAAAAUCUGUCCAAUCUUUCUCAACGUCCAUUCAACAGACACAACAAUCAGAUGCUCUUAAUGCUGGACCAUCAAAUGAAAUGAAUACAAAAAUUUAUUCGUCACAAAAUAACACACAAAAAGUAGUCAUUGUGAAACCACUUGCAAAAGAAACUCAUAACGAAAUUGUAAAAGUAAGGUCUCUUAGUGCAAAAGAACAGCAGGAACUUAAAGAAGCGUUAUCAGGUACUAAAAAUCAGCAAUCUGCUCCAUCAAUUGCUGAGCAAAACAAUGAAAUUAUCAAAAAUAUGAUGUCAAAUUUGAAUACUUCAUUAAAUAUAACUAAGAUAAGCGCACAAAAGACUGCAAAUGUGUCUACUCCCAAAGAUGAAACAACUAGGAAGAGUUUACCGAUGAUUUCAAAUGUCGAAUCAAUUAGUCCAAACGUAUCGUCAAUACAAAAUAAUUCUAGAAUAGAACAAAAUAAAAUGCCAAGAAUUGUUUCAAUUACAUCUACUGCAUCGUUGUCAGUCGAAGAAAGUACGUCUGCAAAUGAAAAAGCACCUAAAAUCAAUGAUAUUUCAAGCAAAAAUGUUUUAAAUACUUUAAAACCUUUACCAACUGUUAAAAAUCAGCCCCCUCCAGAUUUACCAGAACCAGUGGAAGGAAGUAAUGCUAAAAAUGAGUCAGUAGAAGUUGUAGAUCUAAUCGAUGAUGAUGAUGACGAUGAUGUUGUAGACAUUAUGAGACCUUGGAUUGAAAACUCUGAUUACAAAUCUCGAAAGGAUCAAUUAGAAGCUAUGAAAAUGAUCAACAGUUCGCACUGCCUUGCUUCUUUAUAUAAAUGCAUGGGAUCAACAUGCAGCUACUUCUCGAAUGACAAAAGUCUGUUUGAAAAGCAUCUUGAAUUACAUCAUGUUCAUCAGAAAACAGAUUCUCAAAAUUAUCUCCUCUGUUGUUACUGCAGUUUCCGACCCAAAAGUAUUAAUGUUUUGUUGGUGCACAUUGAAAAUGCACAUUCGUAUGGAAAGUUUGGAUGUAAAUACUGCUUUUAUCGGUCAAUCAAUGAGUAUCAAGUCACAGCAAAUCAUCAUUCGAAUUUUCAUCGUUUGAAAGAGAAAUGCGUAGUCGUGUUUGAGCCGCGAAAAAUUAAAAAUGAGAACAUCGAAAAAAGUAUGAUUUCAGAAUCAAUUCCAAAAGUUUGUCAUCCACUUCCUUGUCCAUACUGCCGAAUUGGAAUUUAUACAAUAGCAGAAUUUGAGUCACACGUUUCAAGUCACAAGGAAAGUUUCACAACAGUUUGCAUAAAAUGCAAUCAAGCAACAAAUAAGUUGAGCAUUAGUCAGCAUUUAUUGAAAUGUUUCAACAAAUUCGGAAACUUCCAGUGUGUGUUUUGUGUCUUCGGUUCAAACAUUUUUUCAGCUAUUGAUAAUCAUCUCUCAACUGAACAUCCUGACAAAUUGUCGUAUUUUGCUGAAAGAAGCUUGAAUGCUGGAAAAGAUCCAACAACAUUUGAAUCGCUUACAACGAAGGAAUUAGGCAAACGGAUCACUGGAAAUAUCAAGAAAUUGCACCUCAGAUAUUCAUUUAACGAUGAAGUUUAUAAAAAUUCUGGAAACGUUGGGAGAUUAGCUGACAAUUUAAUAAUAGAUCAGACAGCACGACCAAGACCUUCAUCUUCCGAUAGCUCAUGUUUCAUUCAAAUUGGUGAAGUUGUGUCGCUACACGAUUAAUUGCUUUGUAAUUUUUAUUAAUAAUUUUUUGGGAAUAAAAACUGCAAUGGAAUCAAACUGCUUAAUA